CUGUUUGGCGCCAGGGCGAAACGAUCCACAGUCAUUUCGGCAGUGAUGCAUCCUUUGCUGUGUAAAAUUCAGCAUGCUUUGGCAUCGCAAUUGCACGAGUUCCGGGCGUACUGGGUCUGCCUAGCACUGCUGGGAAUUUCAGCGAAGACCGUUCCUUUUCUGUGGUACGCUCUCCAACAAAUCGGUGCAGGUAUCGCUCUUCUCAUUUUAGCCUGUGCUCUUGGCUGGCUAGCGACUGAGCUGUUCUUGAAGGGACCGAAACUGGGUUCUCGGGGCAAGGCUGUUCUAAUCACAGGAUGUGAUUCAGGUUUCGGAUACCACUUGGCAAAACGGCUCGAUUCCGAGGGUUACCUGGUUUUUGCCGGCUGUCUCUUUCCUGAAGGUCAGGGUGCCACUAAUUUGGUUCGCGGCUCGGAGAAACUCCAUAUAGUUCCGUUGGACGUGACCGAUGAGCAGCUAGUCCGGGACGCCGUACAAUACGUGAAAACCAAUCUCAAGGGUUACCAGCUUUGGGCGGUCGUUGCAAACGCGGGCGUGAACAUCUUCCUCGAAUUCGAAUGGAUUCGCACGGAGGACGUCUCACGCAUCUUCGACGUGAACGUCAUGGGGGUUGUUCGGACCGCUAAGGCGUUCCUCCCUAUGCUCAGGAAUUCCCGCGGUCGCAUGGUUGUGGUGUCGAGUUAUGCCGGACGCAUAGCGAGCAACAUGAUCGUUCCGUACUCAAUGUCAAAAGCCGCCGUGAUUUCCAUGGCGGACGGUCUACGUCGAGAAAUGAAGAAGUGGGGGGUGCACGUGUGCACGAUCGAGCCCUUCUACUAUCAAACCGGGAUCAAUCCGAGCGGUUUCGGUAGCAUGAUGUCGAAGUUCGAGCGUGACGUUCCCGAGGAACUUAGAAAAGACUACGGCGAAUACCCGGAGCACGCUUUCCAGUGGUUCAUGGGGCUCUUGGGGAGGAUUUCUCGGAAGAACUCUUUGGAAGUCGUGGAUCAGAUGUUCUGCGCCGUAGCGGAUAGAGAACCAAAGCGACACUACAGAUCCGAUGGAUUCUUCAAUUGGCUAUUAUACAUGAGCUUGUUCGUUCUACCCUCGGCUGCACAGGACAUCGCGUGCUCCUUCAUAGAGCCUCACUUCAGAGCAGACGAGAAGAGUGGUCUUCUCCUAAGAUGUUCCACCUGAGCCUUUGUCGGACCGCACCGUGUUCCAAACUGUACAUACCUAUAUGCCAAGGAAUUCCCUCAACGUGAGAAAAGAACGGGGUAAUUAUUCAAAUGAGCAAUGAUUCCCAUCGGUGCUCCACUGGGUCUUUCUCUUCAGAACGCGGAAGCGUCGUAAAGGACUCCGUACAGAUGGAAAUAGCCACGUAGUCUAUUGUGAUACGAGAAUGCUAUCGCGUUGGGACAUUUUGACGACUCAUGAUUUGGAUAAUGAGAAUAAAUAUUUUGGAAACGUCGGAUA